ACCAGGAAGAAGGUGGGCUAGCCCUUCGAAGCUAACACCCCCCCCCGAAUCAUUCUGCACACUUUUACAGAAAACAAUGGGGUCUUCCCGGUGGAAGGUUGCAGUCGCGGUGUCACUCCUCAUAACGGCUUCGUUGUUGUCAUCUAUCGUCGCGGACGAACACGAACACACGUACACAGAUAAAGAGGAGGUGGUUUUAUGGAUGAAUACAGUAGGGCCAUACCACAACCGACAAGAGACGUACAAGUACUUCUCUUUGCCCUUCUGUGUGGGCACGAAGAAGACCAUCAGCCAUUACCAUGAAACACUUGGAGAGGCUCUCCAGGGAGUGGAGCUCGAGUUCAGCGGCCUGGACAUAAAGUUCAAAGAGGAAGUCUUGCAAACAACAUACUGUGAAAUUGAGUUGGACAAAGCAAAACGGGAUGCCUUUGUCUACGCUAUAAAGAAUCACUACUGGUACCAAAUGUACAUUGACGAUCUACCUAUCUGGGGUAUUGUUGGUGAAGCAGAUGAAAAUGGAGAGGAUCAUUACCUGUGGACUUACAAGAAACUGGAAAUUGGUUUCAAUGGAAACAGAAUUGUUGAUGUCAAUUUGACCAGCGAAGGCAAAGUGAAGCUUGUGCCAAACACAAGAAUUGCUAUGUCUUACUCUGUAAAGUGGAAGAAGUCAGAUGUGAAGUUUGAAGACAGAUUUGACAAGUACCUCGAUCCAUCUUUUUUUCAGCACAGAAUUCACUGGUUCUCCAUCUUCAACUCCUUCAUGAUGGUCAUUUUCCUAGUGGGUCUGGUGUCCAUGAUUUUGAUGAGAACACUACGAAAGGAUUAUGCAAGAUAUAGCAAAGAGGAAGAAAUGGAUGACAUGGACAGAGAUCUGGGAGAUGAGUAUGGGUGGAAACAGGUACAUGGAGAUGUAUUCCGGCCGUCCAGCCAUCCCAUGAUCUUCUCCUCUUUGAUCGGUUCUGGGUGCCAGAUCUUCUCAGUGUCUCUCAUUGUUAUCAUAGUUGCUAUGAUUGAGGAUCUCUACACAGAGAGAGGUUCCAUGCUGAGCACAGCAAUAUUUGUGUAUGCUGCAACAUCCCCUGUCAAUGGCUACUUCGGGGGAAGCUUGUAUGCAAAACAAGGAGGCAGACGAUGGAUCAAGCAAAUGUUCAUUGGGGCCUUCCUGAUCCCAGCCAUGGUGUGUGGGACUGCCUUCUUCAUCAACUUCAUCGCCAUCUACUACCAUGCCUCCAGAGCCAUCCCAUUUGGCACCAUGGUUGCUGUUUGCUGUAUCUGCUUCUUUGUCAUUUUGCCGCUGAACCUUGUCGGAACAAUUUUGGGGAGGAAUCUGUCUGGCCAGCCCAACUUUCCAUGCCGAGUUAACGCUGUGCCACGGCCAAUCCCUGAGAAGAAAUGGUUCAUGGAGCCAGCUGUCAUUGUCUGCCUUGGAGGGAUUCUUCCCUUUGGUUCCAUUUUCAUUGAAAUGUACUUUAUCUUUACAUCUUUUUGGGCCUACAAGAUCUACUAUGUCUAUGGCUUCAUGAUGCUUGUCCUGGUUAUCCUCUGUAUUGUGACCGUGUGCGUCACCAUUGUAUGUACAUACUUCUUGCUGAACGCUGAAGACUACAGAUGGCAGUGGACAAGCUUCCUCUCUGCUGCAUCGACUGCGGUUUACGUUUACAUGUACUCCUUUUACUACUACUUCUUCAAAACAAAAAUGUACGGGCUGUUCCAGACAUCCUUCUACUUUGGUUACAUGGCUGUUUUCAGUACUGCCCUAGGAAUCAUGUGUGGUGCCGUUGGUUAUAUGGGAACAAGUGCCUUUGUGAGAAAGAUCUACACGAAUGUGAAAAUUGACUAAGGUGGAAACAGCAACACAAGGAUGGAUAUCUAUGGCUCUCCCCCAGGAGUAUGCUAGCAGAAGCGGCGGGCACAAGUCAUUGGUUUUUUUUUUUCUUGUAUUUUGCAAAGUGAUUGCAGAAUCUCUCUUUGUACAAUGUUUUCCAUACUACGAAUUUCGACGCCGCAAAAUGAGCAAUUGUGAGGAAAGACCUCAAACAUCGGUUCUGUUUUUAUGAUGGAUUGCUUUCCGACAAACGUUGGGAGCAAAUGUUAAACGAUAACGUGGCUUUUCUUUCCAAUCCAGUCCCACCUGAGACCAGAGAACAUAGAUCUUUAUGAUGGAAUAGUUUAGCUCUCUUCAGUGAAGAGGCAUAAGUGUAUGGGAAGCCUUUGUUCUAUUGUAUUAGAAUAUUGGGAGAGUUGGCUUUGUGGCCGUAUGUUGACUUGAUUCUAUUUUGUAUUACUAAGUCCACUCUGCUAUCAUCACUAAUGUAUUUUGGUCUCCUGCUUCACCUUAAAUGACAUCAUCACAGGAUACAGUAGGUUGUCUGAAUUUACUCCUGCGGCAACGAUGGGUCGUACGCAAGCUCUCGAUUCGCUCCGAAUCAUUCCCCUCUUUUGACAAUUCAGCUUCCCUUGUUACGGUAGCAAUCCAUUCAAGUCGAGGAAGAGAUUUUAGUCCUGCUGUAGUUUACUGUACAAAUGGAAAAAAAAAAGAGGGACUGAUCGACCGCUGAGGUACAGUAUGAACAGAUAGUUUUAAAUGGAUGUUUGGUGUGAUCCCAUUUUCCCUGUUGAGUCUUCGGUUUUCUUAAUGUUUGGGUUUGAAUGAAGUCUACUUGUAAAGAUAAUAUAUGGAUGAGGGGAAAAGUGUAUAUAACCUUAAUAAUGUACCUUUAGAUGUAGAUCCCUAAUGUAUUUUCGUUGUACAGAUUUACUACAGGGUUUUUUUUGUUUGUUUUUUUUUCCAAAGUUAAAAGCAAAUAUUUUUUUGUCUUUUUUUUUGGUGCUUGGGGUGCAGCUGGUGGCUCUGUUACAUCUUGCCUGAAAUUGCAUGAAAUCUUCACCAAAUCCUUUCAAAGUCCGUUUUGUUUGGUGUCUUUUUUUUUCACUUUAUUUUUAAAUUCACUUUCCCUACUUGUAAGCAGCUCUUGAAUCAACCUAUAAGCAUAAACAUUUUCAUAGCUUUUAUGAACACAUUUUUAUUUCUUUAUCAUAUUAUUUAAAGCUUUAAAGGCUCGCCGUCUUCCUGGUGAGCUGUUUCCCUCGCCAGUCUUUUUUUUUUUGUUGCCUAACCUAAAAAAAACAUAGUGAAUGUCAGAAGGAACGAGGCGGUUGCUUUGUUCCUGCUAACAUACUGUACAAAGUGAAACUCAUGUACACUUAGCUAAAUGUUUUCGUAAUCACAUGCAGUGCUUCAGAGUAUUUCAAAUGCUUUUUUUUCCAUUUUGUGUAAAUACAGUAUGUACCUUACAUGUAUGAGAAGUGGCAAUGCCUUUUUUUUCUAAUUUUCAAUCCCCCCCCCCCCACUGAAGUUGAUUUGGCACCUCAUGUUGUGUACCAACAAUGUCUAAUGAGACAUUUUGAACAUGCAUAUUAACUUGCUGUAAAAAGAAACAAAAUAAACAUGUUUAUG